CGUUGCAGCCCCCGGUGAGGCCACGGCGGUCCCGGUGUCCCUGGAACCCCCGAGUCUCCCCAGCACCUCCGGAGUCCCCGGGAUCCCCUGGAACCACGCGGCCCCGCCGUCAUGUUCCUCACUCGCUCCGAGUACGACCGGGGUGUGAACACAUUCUCUCCAGAGGGGAGGCUCUUCCAGGUGGAAUAUGCCAUCGAGGCCAUAAAGCUGGGCUCCACAGCCAUUGGGAUCCAGACCUCAGAGGGAGUUUGCCUGGCUGUGGAAAAGAGGAUCACAUCUCCCCUCAUGGAGCCCAGCAGCAUUGAGAAGAUUGUGGAGAUCGACUCCCACAUUGGGUGUGCUAUGAGUGGCCUAAUAGCUGAUGCAAAGACUUUAAUUGACAAGGCCAGAGUGGAGACUCAGAAUCACUGGUUCACCUACAACGAGACGAUGACGGUGGAGAGUGUGACACAGGCUGUGUCUAACCUGGCCCUGCAGUUUGGGGAGGAAGAUGCUGAUCCAGGAGCCAUGUCCCGCCCGUUCGGUGUCGCUCUGCUCUUUGGAGGAGUGGAUGAGAAGGGACCCCAGCUGUUCCACAUGGAUCCCUCGGGAACGUUCGUGCAGUGCGAUGCCAGAGCCAUCGGCUCCGCCUCGGAGGGAGCCCAGAGCUCCCUGCAAGAGGUUUACCACAAGUCCAUGACGCUAAAGGAAGCUAUCAAAUCUUCCCUGGUCAUCCUGAAACAAGUCAUGGAGGAGAAACUAAAUGCCACCAACAUCGAGCUUGCCACGGUGGAGCCUGGGAUGAAAUUCCACAUGUACACAAAAGAGGAGCUUGAGGAGGUCAUCAAGGAUAUUUGAAAAAGAGGGAGAGGUCCCCAAAAGCUCAAGCCCCUGCCCUGACCAAAGGAACUGGUGCAGUUCACCCAGCUCCUGGGACUUCCCUCCCCACAGCACCUGCUGCUCCUGCCAACUCCAGAGGUUUUUUGCCCUUUCUGGACAGAACUGGGCUUUGCUGGAGGAGGGAAUGAAAUAAAUCAUUUUGUUACUCUCA